AUGGAGGAUAAGGAUGGCCGUUAUGCCUAUUUAUUACAACCCAUUCGUGAUCUUGCUAAAAAUUGGGAAGUCGAUGUUGCCAAACAAUUGGAAGAGUACUUAGAUGAGCUUGAACAAAUUACCUUCACUUUUGAUGGAGGCACAACAUUUUUAAAUUUUGCCGAAGCUGCGCUAUUAAUUCAAGGUUCAGCGAGCGUAUACAGUAGGAAGAUCGAAUACUUGUACACUUUAGUCUAUCAAACGCUUGAUUUAAUAGCUGAAAAACAACGUCAGAAACAACCAGCAUCAGUUGAUGAUGAAGGAAAAGAUGUGGAUGUUACAUUUCAUAAGCUUAAUCAAGAAGAGCAGUUCAUUUCAUUAGAUGAUAUCAAAGAGGCUAACAACAUUGAUCUGAUAGAAGAAGAUUUCGAAAAUCGGACUUCAUCAUAUAUUUGUCUUCGAACACCUGUAUCAUUACUACCGACGGAUAAUCAUAAAAGACAAAGUGAUGUUCAAUUACUAAGUGGUAGAGGAGAAGUACUGGGAAAUCGUGGAGAUUUUAGAGUCAAUACAUCUGUGAUUCAUCAUUCUGGAGCUUUACUUAUUGAUACUAGCUUCCAGCCACGUGCCAACAGGAACGCCUUCACCUUAGCAAAUGAUGGUGGUCACAAUAAUAUCAUGCCAUUUACCACCCACAAUAAUGAGAGCUUCAUAUCUGGUGAGAAUGAAGAUAUACCCGAAAAUGAUGGUUUCAAUUCCGAUGACAAUACUUUUAACGGAGGAAUUAACGAUACACUCAGGGACGAUCUACACCCGGCAAUAGAACAAGAACCUAUCGUUGAAGAUAGUGCAUGGCAAGUUCUCGAUCCGCAUGACAAAGAUGCCAUUCCAGAAAGAGCAUUCAAAGCCAGCCGAAAUUGGCGCAUACCUAAAAAUAUUGCUAUAGAUACCCAGGCCAUUCGUAAGCGAAAGCGUGGACAAAUUAGUAUUACAAGCAAUCAACCUGGCAUAUCCAUUAUAGAGUUCUGUAGCAGGGCUGCUUGUACUAGGCAAAACCAAAAACUACUGAAGCAUGCGAUGAAUGUUAUAUGUGAAGAUUUGGAAUAUAUAAGUUACGAGUUUGCAGAAAAUCAGCAUAUCUUGAGUAGAGAAAUUAACAAAUUAUUCAAAUUUAUGACCUCAAACGGGCAAGAUAGCGAUGAUCAUGAUAAACAUGAUGAUCAGGAGAAUAAUAUUGACGGUGGUUAUGAUGAUGAUUAUAGCGAUCAGGAUGAUUUCGGAAUAGAAAAUAAUUACAACCCUGAUCAAGAAAUAGUUAAUAAUGAACAUAACAUGAGCAUUGAUCCAAUUGCAAUAGAAGAGCAGAACCUUGAAAAUCAAAUACCGCAAACUUACGAAGAGCUUGUAAAGGAGCACUUGAACGUAUAUGCCAAGGUAACACGCCAGUAUAUAGAGGAUUCUGCGUUAAGAUCUCGCGUUAACGAAUGGCAAGACAGAAUUAAGCCUGCUCUUGAAAAUGAAGAAAAACAUCCUCCAUUUGAUAUCCAUACGUAUGGUCAAUCGGUGUUGGACUCUCUAAAAGAGAAAAACGACGAUGCAGUGUCCUUCGAAGACGUUGUUAGCCAAAAGGUACUGACGAGAAAUACUUACGUAGCAUUAUAUGAAUAUUAUAGCUUUUAUUUUAGACAGGAACCAUAUGAGAUCUGUAGGUUAUUUGCUGCCACUUUACAGCUGGCUAAUAAUGGGAAUAUAGAAAUAAGUCAUGGUGGUAAAAACGAAAAAGCACCAGUUAAUACAAUGACCGUUAAGAUGCUUUCCACCCGUUUGCCCCAUGAGGCACUCAUGCAUUACAAGGCGCCUUCUUUGGAUGAUACAGCACAAAGUCGUUUAAACUAA